UGGGAAGCAGUCGUCCACAGAAUUGAAACGACACUCAGAGAUGGAGGCAUUGUACCAGGUGCUCGGGCUGGAGUGGUUAGAUUAUAGGAGCAUUUUGAUAUUUCUGUUUCUUUUUGCCCUUUUUGCUGAUAUUGUCAAACACUGGCGGCCUGAAGACUAUCCUCCUGGACCAUGGCCGAUUCCUUUUAUUGGCGACAUAGCUCGCAUUAGACUUUCAACGAUUCACCUGGAUUUCGCACAGCUUGCAAAGAAGUAUGGGAACAUUUUCAGCAUUCGCUUGUUUGGGGGGAACAUGGUUGUCAUAAACGGAUACAAACUGGUGAAAGAGGCUCUGGCGGUCAGAGGAGAGGACUAUAUCGACCGGCCCACCGUACCUAUUUUUGAUGACCUGACUGGGAAUUCAGGUCUUGUGUUGUCCAAUGGCUACUUAUGGAAGCAGCAGAGGCGGUUUGCUCUUCACACUCUCAGAAACUUUGGUCUGGGCAAAAAGUCACUGGAACCUGCCAUUCAACAGGAGUGCCAGUAUCUGGCAGAGGCUUUAGAGCAACAGAAAGGUGAACCUUUUAACCCUCGCAUAAUUUUAAACAAGGCUGCGUCAAAUAUCAUCUGCUGUUUGGUGUUUGGGGAACGUUUGGAGUACAACAACAAGGAGCAUCAGAGGAUUUUGAUUGAUUUCACAGAGCUUGUGGAAGCACAGGGCAGUGUGUGGGCCCAGCUCUACAAUAUCGCCCCCUGGCUGAUGAAGAGGCUCCCUGGACCUCACCAAAAAAUGUUCACUCUGAGUCAAAACAUAAUCAACUACGUUCAAGUUAAGAUUGACAAACACAGAGAAACCCACGACCCAUCCAACCCACGAGACUAUAUCGACUGCUUCCUCUCAGAAAUAGCUGAGGUAGGUGAGCUGUCAGCUCCACCCACAUGUGAAGAGGGUUCGGAAGGUGAAGUGUCUAAGAGAAAAAAAGACAAAGAGGCUGGGUUUGAUCUGAAGAAUUUAUGUAUUUCUGCCAUGGAUUUGUUUGGUGUGAUGGUUGUUGGUUGCCUAGACUCUGUGCUGAAUGACUCAACGAUGUGGGAAACACCCGACACCUUCAACCCUGGACACUUCCUGGAUGAAAAUGGGAAAUUUAGGAAGAGAGAGGCUUUCCUCCCCUUUUCUAUUGGUAAGCGUGUGUGUCUGGGUGAACAGUUGGCUCGGAUGGAGUUGUUCCUGUUCUUCUCGGGGCUCCUGCAGCGCUUCACCUUCUCUGCAGUUAAGGGAGAGCCUCUCACUAUGGAGGCGGACAUGAGCCUUGUUCGCGCACCGAAGCCCUACCGCCUGUGUGCCAAACUGAGAUAAUCUGUUUCAAAAUCACCACCAUGCACAGGCAUUUUACGCAAUCAAACUACUGGAUUAAAUCAAGACAUAAAGUGAAUUUAAGAAAACCAUGAGUAACUCUGAAGUAGGCCAAUCCGAAAUUAUCACAGGACAAAUUUAGGUUAAAGCAAUACCACAAUUUUAAAUGUGCACAUUGGUGGUAGAAUGUCUUUGGAUGGGAAUGUAAUUUUGGAGGAUUCAUCAAAAAAGUAUUAGUUUUUUGUGCACGUGUGAGUGAAAAUUACCAUAGCAGACAAUUACUGACAAGGUAAGUAUGUUUUCGAUGAUGUGAUGAGGUGUAGAGCUGUGAGAAGUGUCCAAAUGCACACUCCAACAGCAGAACAUGUGAUACUCUAACAUAUUUUGGAAUAGGACCUUAUUCUAUGUUGUUGUAGACAAUAAAAUAAAUAUAAUCAUAUAUAUACAUACAUUCAUACAUUUAUGUCAACAUAAUCUUCUCAUCAGUUUUAACUAUUAUUGACAUCAUUAGUCAAGUGUUGCAGCCACACGUAACAUGUAAAAUAUGACCAAACCUGAUAAACUGUGUAUUUUGUCUUUGACCCAAAUAUAAACUGGGGUUUCCUUUGAAAACCUUUGAAGUAUGAAAUGGAAAAUAAA